UCAACCAAAUGUAAAAAUCCAAAACUUAGAAUUGAGGGUUGGGUGAUUGAUAAGAUCAUAGAUUAGAAGUUUAAUUUUCGGUGCCCAUCAAUAAUUAAUUCUCUCUUUUCUUAUCUACAGUAAUUAUUAUCUAGUUUAUUUGUGAAAAAUAAUGAAAGGAUGAUUAUUGAUUGGUGGUCAAAGCAAAAACAUAUGACCACUCCCCAAAUUAUGCAAAAUUCACAUGAAUUUAACAACUCCUGCCAUAACUGAAAUUCUCCAACAAGGGUAGAACUAGAAGUAGUUGAAUAUUAUCCACCCAAUCCAUGUUAUGAGUGAGUAAGAAAGAGAAAAAGAUUUCAAAAAAUACAGAAAAACAGUGGUGUUUGUACAACACUAUUAAGAGACAGUCAUACCAGUAAGCAAUAGAAAAAGUUUAAGCCUUUAUGUCUUUGUGAAUUGUUAUUUUGAGUCUACCAUUGAGGAAUUUUAGAGUGAGAAAAACCCAUUAAUAUAAUUGUUAGAAAGAGAAAGCUUGAGCUGGAUUUCACAUGGCUUCCAUGCCAGUAGUACCUCAUCAAACCCAUAAUCCUCCUCCUGAUUCUCUCCCUUCUACUAACAAACCUCUUCAUCCUUCUCAACACUCCAUGUCUGAUGAUAAGGAAAUGUCUCCUAUUGUAAUACAAGGAAAUGAUCAGGUUACUGGCCAUAUUAUUUCCACAACCAUUGGGGGCAAAAAUGGUGAGCCAAAACAGACCAUCAGUUAUAUGGCGGAACGUGUUGUUGGAACUGGAUCAUUUGGGGUCGUGUUUCAGGCAAGGUGUUUGGAGACGGGAGAAACCGUUGCAAUUAAGAAAGUCUUGCAGGAUAGACGUUACAAGAAUCGAGAGUUACAAUUGAUGCGUUUACUUGAUCAUCCCAAUGUGAUCUCCCUCAAGCAUUGUUUCUUUUCUACUACCAGUAAAGAUGAGCUAUUUCUCAACUUAGUAAUGGAAUAUGUACCGGAGUCAUUGUAUCGUGUUCUCAAGCAUUAUAGUACGGCAAAUCAAAGGAUGCCUCUUAUUUAUGUUAAGCUAUACACAUAUCAAAUUUUCCGGGGAUUGGCGUACAUCCAUACUGUUCAUGGUGUUUGCCAUAGAGAUAUCAAACCACAAAAUCUCCUUGUCGAUCCCCUCACACACCAGCUCAAAAUCUGUGACUUUGGAAGUGCUAAAGCUCUGGUUAAGGGAGAACCAAACAUAUCAUAUAUAUGUUCUCGAUAUUACCGAGCACCAGAACUAAUAUUUGGUGCAACAGAAUAUACAUCUUCUAUUGAUAUAUGGUCAGCUGGUUGUGUUCUUGCAGAGCUUCUUCUUGGCCAGCCGUUGUUCCCUGGUGAGAACGCUGUGGAUCAACUUGUGGAGAUAAUUAAGGUUCUUGGUACUCCAACUAGAGAGGAAAUUCGAUGCAUGAAUCCCAACUAUACUGAUUUUAGGUUCCCACAAAUCAAAGCACAUCCGUGGCAUAAGGUUUUUCACAAGAGAAUGCCACCUGAAGCCAUUGAUCUUGCCUCUCGUCUACUUCAGUAUUCUCCUAGUCUUCGUUGCACUGCAUUGGAAGCAUGUGCUCAUCCUUUCUUUGAUGAACUUCGGGAGCCAAAUGUGCGUCUUCCUAACGGGCGUCCGUUCCCUCCUCUUUUCAACUUUAAGCAGGAAUUAGCUGGAACUCCACCGGAGCUGAUAAACCGACUAGUACCGGAACAUAUGAGGCGGCAAAUGGGUUUUUCUUUACCUGGAUAGCAUAGAUCUAACUUUGAAGGUGGAGCAGGUAAAGUUGGAGGGUGGUGAAAUUCCAAGGAGUACUUCCCGGCUUUUGUAAUGGUGAAACUUGUGGGCUAUAUGAAGCGGUUUUAGCUCACCCUACAAAAUUGUAUACAUAUACUAGCCAUUUGGCUUGCGCUGCAGAAAUUCGGUCCCUAUGUAACUGUAUGUUAGACUCUGUACAUCGUUUUCAUGGUAAAAGCGUAUCAGGAAGGAAUAUAACAAAGAUGCAAUCUAUAUUUAAGCUUAGGUAGGGUGCUACAAUGAAGAAUAGCCUUAACAUUAAGGGGGUUUGAAGGUAUGCAGGCUGUAGCUUGUAUGACAUUUUUUUGCGCCUAAUCUAAAAUGCACUCGUGUCUACAUA